AUGAUGGCAAGACCAGUUGCUGGUGUUCGUGAUAAGAGUUUGAUCAUAACCUUGCCUGGAUCACCAAAAGGAGCCACUGAGAACCUGGAAGCUGUUGUAAAGCUUCUGCCCCAUGCCUGUCUACAGGCUGCUGGUGCCAAUUCACGGAAUCUCCAUGCCGGAGGCGUGGAGAAGCUUGAAUCGGAGGCUGGCGUCGAUAGUAGUCAGCACUCGCAUCAUCACCAUCACCACCAUCACGAUCAUGGACACGGUCACAAAGUCCCUAAAGCGCACACAGCGCCAUCGGACAGGCCUCAGUCCAAUGAUCCUAGCGCUGGACCUAACCGGCGCUACCGUUCCUCGCCUUAUCCGAUGCUCUCUGUUGACGAGGCACUCCAGCGGAUCAAUGAGCAGACUCCUGAGCCUGAAGUGAUUGAAGUUCCUGUAACUACCUCUUUGAUUGGUUCGGUCGUUGCAGAGGAUGUUUACGCUGCGGAAUCCGUCCCAGCAUAUCGCGCUAGCAUCGUCGAUGGCUACGCAGUCAUUGCACCAGACUCUAAAACCACAGCCCAGUCCAUCAAGGGGAUAUUCCCCGUAGCGUCAAUCACCCACGCCAAUGUUGGCGGAAACCUGGAGCCCCUGCAGCCGGGCACCAUUGCCAGAAUCACCACCGGCGCCCCUCUCCCCCCGAACGCGAAUGCCGUAGUCAUGGUUGAAGACACAACCCUGGCUUCAUGCACACCCGACGGGAAAGAGGAAGCCACGAUCGAAAUUCUCACUGACGAAAUCGAACCUGGCGAGAACGUCCGCGAACCCGGCAGCGACGUCGCACUAGGCUCCAAGAUCCUUACUCGCGGUGACUUAAUCACCCCAGUCGGUGGAGAAAUCGGACUCCUAGCCUCAACAGGCACCAAGACCAUCAAAGUGUUCCGCAAACCACGCGUAGGUGUUCUAAGCACAGGAGACGAGCUGGUCGAGCACAACGACCCCAGAACUCUAACAGGCGGCCAAAUCCGCGACUCAAACCGCCCAUCCCUGAUCUCCUGCUUGAAAUCCUGGGGCUACGAAACCAUCGACCUAGGUAUUGCCCGCGACACACCAGCCAGCGAACUCGAGCUUGCCCUCCGCGACUCCCUCCGCGGCAUCGGCCGCGCCUCAACCAGCGUCGACGUAAUCAUAACAACAGGAGGCGUCUCAAUGGGCGAAUUAGACCUCCUCAAACCAACCAUCGAACGAACACUAGGUGGAACAAUUCAUUUCGGCCGUGUCUCCAUGAAACCAGGCAAACCCACUACUUUUGCAACAAUUCCAUUCAAGGAAUCAGGCAACAAUACCCAGCAACGUCAAUCGAAACUCAUCUUCUCUCUCCCUGGUAACCCGGCUUCGGCACUGGUUACCCUGAACUUAUUCGUUCUUCCUUCACUGCAUAAACUCACAGGCCUGGGCCAUAGUUCGCAAGCACUGGCUUCGAAGCCUUGGCUUGCGCCUCACUUGGGCCUUCCGCUUGUUUCUGUGGUUUUGAGUCAUGUCUUCCCUCUCGAUGCGAAGCGCACUGAAUACCAUCGUGCUGUGGUGACUGCGUCGCGGUCUGAUGGUCGGUUGUAUGCUACUAGUACGGGGGUGGAGGGUGCUGGGCAGAGGUCCUCUAAGGUAGACAGUCUCGCUAAGGCGAAUGCAUUGGUGGUUCUGCGGCCUGGGAAUGGACUUGCUGCUAAGGGGGCGGUUUUCGAGGCUUUGAUGAUGGGGAAUGUGCAUGGUUCGGACUAG